CUUUUUAUAUUCAGAAAUUUUUAGAAAAUCUGAUUUUACGUUUGUCUCCGUGUUGCUCUUGCUCGAUUUUUAACAGGCAUUCGAAAAAAUAGGUGCGUUCUAAAAUUUACCUCUUGGAAUGAGGUAAAAUCGUAAAAUUCGAUAAACCAAUCAGGACAAACGAAGCAAAUAUUUCUCCGUUCUGGUUGGUCAAUCAAAAGCUGCUCUGUUAUCAAGAAAUUUUGGAACAUAUCCCAAUGGGAGGGAUAAGUCCUUCGCGCAUGCGUAAUAAUACGAACAUUUUCAAUAACAUUUUCGAACAAUUCCGAUAAAAGCAAAUCGAAAAUAAAAACUCGCGGAAAGAAAUGUGCGUGUAAAGUUUGUGACAUCAAUAUCGAUCAUUUAUUUCGCACAGAUGCAUUAUACGCACAUAUAUGUAUAAACAGAUGAUGUAUUAAUUAAGGAAUUUUUCGUACAAUGACUAAUUAUCGUGGCGAGAGAGAGAGAGAGAGAGAAAUGCGACUUUGAAUCGACUUUGACUUUGACUGACGGCGCUGGUAUGCGGCGCGUCACGUGUCACGUGACGGGAGUGAAGCCGGAGUGGGAGAACACCUGCGCAUUAGUGCGCAUUCCAGUCUCCCCACCACCGUCUUCUACUGCGCAAUACGGCGAAGCGAGAGAGAAAGGCACAUCUCUCUUUCUCUCUCUCUGAAGUUAUCGAAAAAUCGUUUUCUUAUCAAGAAUAUGUAUCUAUGUCAUCUAUAUGUGUGUAUGAGAAUAAAUAUUUUAAUAAAAAUAUAUACAUAUUUACAUAAAUUCAUAAAAAAUCGUGCGCAACUGCAUGAGCACUCUGAGCAGUGAUUUUAUCAAUAGUCGAAAAAAAGAUUUGUCACUUUAAUUAGUGAAUUGUGUAUAGAUGGAGUGGGCUGCUCAAGGCUGUUUGUUACAGAAAAAUAAUAGAGGAAAUGUGUUUAAAUAUAUCAACGAUACAAUAAGAGACAAAGUAAUAUACCUGAGGAAAAUAUCAAGAUCUUCAAAGAAGAAAGAAAGAAAAACAUCUAUGUUAUAUUUAAAUAUGAGGUUGUCAAAGAGUCACGUGUUAAGUGACAUAUUGACGCAUGUGCGCAAAAAUACAUCCCUUCUAUUAUUAUUACGCAUAAUUUUCAAGAUUCCUCCUUAAGAAAACGUGCCAAUCACUCCACAGUUCGACGUAUAAAUUAUCUUUCGUUCGAAGCGUUCGAAUCUUCGAAUUUUGACAAGAUGUGCGUGUCGAUGACAGUCCUUGGUCGACGAGGAUUUGUUUCGAAGGACUUUGUACAAUUCAACAUGAAAUCACAUUAUUCUAGUAAUCGUAAUGAAAUAUUAAUGAACAACGCAUUAUUGCGAUGUUGCCCCGCGUCGUCGUGCAUCGUUGACGUUUCACGAAUUCUAAGCAAAAAAUUCUCUUCCACGAGAACUCCAAUUUCCUCCGACACUGUCAUCGAAGCCUUGACGAAGCAACAAGCAAAGGAAUUGACUUCGAAGCUUAGCUCGGAAGAACGUAAGCUGUUCUUGGCGGCAUUGAAUGAAAGCAAAUCGGAGGAAGACAAAGCUGGUUAUACAGGUCAAUUAGCAGCUUUUCGAUGGAGGAGCAAGCUUGGCAGACCUAGUAAAAUACCAUCGUUGGGUGAGGUGGAUCCUACAGGAACCUUCUGCCCCAUGCCAGAUGAUUGGUUAAAUCGCAAAUAUGUUGAAAACGUUCCAGAACCAACUACAAAAGAUCUGGUACUAGUCGCAAUUGCAAACGCAAUUCCGUUCGUCGGGUUUGGUUUUCUUGACAACUUCAUCAUGAUUGUUGCUGGCGAUCAAAUUGAGCUGGUGUUGAACAGAAGGUUUCCUAUCUCGACCAUGGCAGCGGCCGCAUUGGGCAACACGGUGUCCGAUGUUAUUGGAAUCGGGUCGGUACAUUACGUCGAGAUGUUCGCCCAGAAAGUCGGCUUUGAAGCGCCCAAGUUGACAUUAGGGCAACUGAAUCUACCUAGGACACGGAUAGCCGCAAACUUGGGCAGAGUCAUCGGAGUUACGAUUGGAUGUCUUAUUGGUAUGACGCCUAUACCGCUAGCCGCGCUUUUCCGCAGUAACUAAAUUGCUUGAAAAUCGACUGAGAAACGAAUUAAAUGAAUUAACACAUGGGACCGUAAACAGCUCACUUACAGUAAGCACUUUAUUUUAAAAUGGCCUAUAAAUUUUUAUAAUUUUAAUGUUUAACUGCCACAAUAACACAAUUUGUCCCAACAAAAGUAUUUAAUAUAUAAAUGUAUAGGAUGUUAUAUAGACUGUAUAGAGAACACGAAGUAUUGUUAUGUGUGUGUAAUAUCAAUUUUCUUUUUUACUAGUUUUUAAAAUAGUUAAUUUUUAAUUCUCAUAUGAUAUUGUGUUGGUAUUUUGAUUCAGCAUUGAAUCUAUUAAAUAAAAGCAAGUAAAAAAGUUUUUUAAUUUUUUUAUAUAUAGAUAAAAUUAGGAAAAAAAAGUUUUAAUCUCAGUUCCAAAAGAAUGUCUGUCGUUUUUCGUUCGUUCGUAUAUAUUUAUUUGAUGCAAAAUCAAAUAAACCAUAUAUAGCAUUUGAUGUCUAGAUGAUAGAAGCACACACAAUGUUCUCUCUCGUAGUAUGUAAUCAGAUAUUUAUUUGGAAAAACACGUCUGUUAGUAUCGAACGUUACAAAAGUUAGUACAAAAAUAUAGAUAUAUGUAUAUAUCUUCUGAGAUUUAAUGGGCGAAUCGUUAUGAGGAAGCUAAUAGUAAAUAUUUAAAAAUAUCGAUGACUGAACGACUUUUAUAAUAUAAUAUGUCCGACCGUUUUCAAUCAUUAGCCUAAUUGAAACUACAAUGUUUCCUAAUGCUUCCUUCCAAUUCACGUUACGACGAUAGUCUUCUGGUGCAAAAUCCUUCAUCUUGUCUAUCUUUUCUAUCUUCCUUAUCUUUAAAGCUUGCGUCGAAUUAAACGAGAAUUUAGCGUUGGUAAUAUUUAAUCUAGUGGAAUUCGUGCAUUCGAUAUCGUUCUCCAAAAUACAGUACUCGGGCAGCCAAGUCAUCAUGGAAUUCAGCCACCAUUGCCAACCAACUAUGUCAUCCUUAUCAUCAUCGUGAUCGACCUCUGUAGAAUAAUCAAGAUUCUCAUCCAGAAUCAACGAAUCGGAUAUUGGAAGAUUGUUGGCGUUGAUUUCUUGGGAUUGUGUAUUUAUCAAUAAAUCGGUUGACAUUAAA